GGGUCACCCACCUGGCAGACAUGGGGGUAUGACUAUGAAGGACUUGACGGGGGCUGGAUCUUCUGCUUCAUAUACUGUAGGGCAAGGACGUCCCAAGGAUCCCGGAUAGCACGGACCAGUCUUAACCCGGAAACAUUUUGGAUACGUUUUCGCUAACGAGCGAAUUCUCAACUUGUCCGUACAUGUCCAACCCGCCGGACAUGCAUAUUCAUCGAGGACAAAUGACAGUCUUUGUGUUUCUGAAAUUAACCCCCCCCCCCCCCCAAAAAAAAAGAAGUAGAUUGACUAAAAUUACACGAAUCUAAUCAGGCACCUGAUUCCGCUGCUGGGGACGUUUUGCAGCAGUUCAAAUAGAUGGAGGGAAGAAGCCUUGAGAAUCAUUUCAAUCCGUCUGAGAUUAAAUGUUUGGAGAUCAUCCCAACGCUGCCAAUGUGGAUCAUUGAAUAUGCCUGGGCUCACAGAAUGAUGGACACAUUGGAUGCUCUGGACCCCAGCAGAUGGCCAGAGGAUGACCUACAAUCUGUCACCCUAGAUGAGCCAUGGAGGUUACGGGUGGCAGCAGCCCAGGCGUAUUCUAUAAUGAAGACAAGAGACAUCAAGAGCUUUGAGAGGGUGAUGGAGUUCAUGGAUGUCACUUAUACACUGCUGCCACGACUGGUGCCCCCUAUCAAACAUAUGAAAAUCAUGUUUGGCCUCAAGACCAAGAUAAUUAUGUGGAAGCUUCGGGAAGACCAAGGUAUUGUCAACACUGUUUUGAAGAUCAUUACGUUUUUUCCAAGUAGACUACCUCAGUACCAUGAAUGUAGCCGACAAGAGAUGCACCUAAUGAGGAAGAACCACCAGGACUUUAAGGCUUUGGCCCAGACUCUUGCAAUGGACAUGUCCAUGCGCAACUCUUAUAUCAAGGAUUUGAUGGAGGACCAAUAUGGAGAAUGCUAUGCCCAGAAACUGGAGGACAGGUUGCUGCAUUACCUUCAGGUACUGGAGUCGACGCUGCAGAGUGAUACCUAUUUUGACCAGCUGUUGAAGCAGGAGGGUCCAAUGGCAUACGAAGAGGAGUUACUAUUGCCGUUAAUUACCUGUGACUCCACCUCCCUUGCUGCGUCCUUGAAGAGGCUAUUCCACUCUGGUCAACAAACUCAGCAUAUUAACAAUGACAUACAGAUGUAAACACAGUACAGUAUGUAAGACCACCAGGAACCUAUAGUACUGUAGAUAAAUAUGUUGUCUUUCUAUUCCUUCAGACGAGUCUUCUUCAAGAUGCCAUCCCAGCCACGGAGCCCAUAAGGUAUCAGCACAGGAGAGGGGAAUAGGCCGGGAUCUGGAUGGUCCUGUGA